AUGGAGACGUCCACGGAGAUGGACGUCAAUGAGGAGACAGCACCUACAGCUUCUGAAGCCAAUGAUAGCAUGGAUUGGAUGCUCACAAACUACGAUGCCGCAGCAUCGAAACCUCAGUCUCUUGAAGAAGAGCUUGCCAGAUUACAGAUUUUAAGAUCUUAUUUGAUUCUGGAUAGUGAGCGCGAAUUUCCUUUCGAGCGACUUACAGCAUUAGCAAGUCGUACAUUUGGAACACCCAUUGCGCUUGUGAGUCUGAUCGAUCUUGGCAGGCAGUGGUUCAUGUCCAAUCGUGGUUUGGGAGAUCUUCGACAGACGCCAAGAAACCUUGGGUUCUGUACGCACGCGAUUUUGAGCAAGAACGACCUAUUUAUAAUUCCUGAUGCAUCAGUAGAUCCAAGAUUCAUGGAUAAUCCAUUUGUUGCCGGUGAGGCAAACAUUCGAUUCUAUGCUGGAGCUCCAUUGAUUGCACCGGAGGGGUACAAGUUGGGGACAUUUUGCAUUAUCGAUACCAAGACACGUCCAGAGGGACUCGAUUUUGAAUCCAAGCAGAAUCUAAGGGAAAUGAGCGCCAUGGCUGUCGAUAUUUUAGUUGCAAGACGACAAAAACGAGAACGUGAAACAGAAAAGAACUCUCAAUUGAUUGCCUGUUCGGCGCAUGAUCUCUUGACACCUCUUUCUGGAAUCGAAUUGAGUUUGUCUCUCAUGAAAGAUGACGAAGCCCUGAUGGAAAAACUGUCAGAAGAAAACAAAAAGGGUAUUCUACAAGCUUCAAAGUGCUCCGACAUUCUUCAGCAGAUUUGUAGAAAUGUUCAAACAACAUUUACCGAAACAAAGAGUGCGUUCGAAAGUGCAUUCAGUAUGUCCAUGCCUGAAACUGUGAACAUUGAUGACCUUGUCCAGAAGCUAUACGCAAUAUUGGAACCAAUGCCCAAGAAGGUACCUGUUGAGAUUUCGGUCGAUUCGGAUGUUCCAAAAGAGAUCUUGUCCGAUGGGUCCAAGAUCUUUCGCUGUGCCAUGAACUACUUGGUAGUUGCCGCCACACGGACCCAGACGGGAAUGGUUAAAAUGACCAUUUCUGUGGAGAAGCACGACGAACGCAAGAGAGCAUCACUAGUAGUGAAGUGCGAAGACACUGGCCCAUCGAUUGAAUUGGAUGCUUAUGAGCGGCUCUUCAAACCAGUCUCAUCCAACUUGGAAUCCUACAAUGAUGGUGAUGAUGAGCAAGUCAGUCUCGAGUUGGCGCUGUUUUCAGUGGCUUGUCAGAUGGAUGUAAUUGGUGGGGAGUUUGGUUUUCGCGCUCGCCAACUUGGAGAUUCCGAGAGCAAUGGAUUGGGAUCAAUGUUCUGGUUCAGCACCCCUUUCAGCCUACCAUUAACAAAGGAAGAAGAAGCAAUUUUGCUUCCAAGGAAGAUGCAAAAGACGAAGCUUACCCAUGCAGAUGCAUCCAGGUUUCACAAUGCCAUAUCAAGCAUGCUUGGUGGCUCCUCUGAAUCAGCAAUCACGAAGAAUCAGGUUGUUGAACGACAAAAGCGCGCGCUGGUAAUUGAAGACUCUGAAAUGGUCCGAAAAAUGCUGGUAAAGGCUUUGACAAAAAUGGGAUAUGAUGUCAUUGAAGCCGAAAAUGGAAUGGCGGGAUUGGAAGAACUGCAAAAUACCUUAUUUGAUAUUACGCUAUGCGAUUUCCUCAUGCCCAUCAUGGACGGUUUGGACUGUAUUCAGCAAUAUAGAGUGUGGGAAAAAGUUGACCGUCCGUGGUUCACCCAAAGAAUUGUUGGCAUAUCAGCGCAUGCAACGGAAUUAGAUGUCGAACGGGGUCGAGGGAUUGGAAUGGAUGACUUUCUGCCAAAGCCGAUCACCACUCAACAUCUGACUGAUCUUCUUGCAACGGACGAUCAAAUUGCAGCCUGCAAGCGACUAGAUACAAUUGCAACAAAGGCGCUGGAAGAAGUUCAAGAGCAGCCAAUCAGAAAACGAAGGAAGACCUCUAUGGAGCCAGAGUUUGGAGUACAACGUACUUGCUUGAUACUCGCGUCGAGUUCCACAGCCAUGCACACGGAGAUGACAGAGAAAGCCGUACAGGAAUGCAAUUGGCAAUCGACAAAGGCCCACAGCGAUGAUGAUGCAUGGACACUACUAAAGAUGCGAACUUGGAAUGUUGUUUUGGUAGACGACUCCUUUGCGGGGUUGAUUGAAGAGUUCCGACAAUGGGAAUCGAAGAAGCGUGUCACCCGCCAGGGGAAUAUUGUCUUGAUGAGUGAAAACUUGGAUCAAACGACUUCAUCGAAGUCAUUCAUCGCUCCCGAUGGCAUAGACAGGAUCAUCGGAAAGCCAGUGAAUCGAGAAGCCCUGCAACGAAUGCUGGAUGUUUGCGACUAA